GGGACGAGCGUUGGCGUCGCGGCUCGGCGGGAGGGUCCCGCGGCUCCAUGGCGACCACCGUCAGCACGCAGCGCGGGCCGGUGUACAUCGGGGAGCUGCCGCAGGACUUUCUCCGCAUCACGCCCACGCAGCAGCAGCAGCAGGCCCAGCUGGACGCGCAGACCGCUCAGCAGCUGCAGUAUGGAGGGGCUCUGGGCACCGUGGGCCGCCUCAGCAUCACCGUGGUGCAGGCCAAGCUGGCUAAGAACUACGGCAUGACCCGCAUGGACCCCUACUGCCGCCUGCGGCUGGGCUACGCCGUGUACGAGACCCCCACGGCCCACAACGGCGCCCGGAACCCCCGCUGGAACAAGGUCCUGCAGUGCACGCUGCCCCCGGGCGUCGACUCCUUCUACCUGGAGAUCUUCGACGAGCGCGCCUUCUCCAUGGAUGACCGCAUCGCCUGGACCCACAUCACCAUCCCCGAGGCCCUGAAGCAGGGCAAGGUGGAGGACGAGUGGUACAGCCUGAGCGGGCGCCAGGGGGAUGACAAGGAGGGCAUGAUCAACCUGGUCAUGUCGUACACGGCCCUGCCGGCCACUGUGAUGAUGCCGCCGCAGCCCGUGGUUCUGAUGCCCACCGUGUACCAGCAGGGCGUGGGCUAUGUGCCCAUCACAGGGAUGCCCGCCGUCUGCAGCCCUGGCGUGGUGCCUGUGCCCGUGCCACCGGCCGUGAGCGCCCAGCCCCGCUGCAGCGAGGAGGACCUGAGGGCCAUCCAGGACAUGUUCCCCAACAUGGACCGGGAGGUGAUCCGCUCGGUGCUGGAGGCCCAGAGAGGGAACAGGGACGCGGCCAUCAACUCCCUGCUCCAGAUGGGCGAGGACUCCUAGGCCCGCCCCCCACAGUGGCCUCCGCCCCCUGGGCUGCCCGCCGGCCCCGGGAGCCCUGCCCGCGAGGCUUGUGGAGGCGCCCCGCCCUGCCCUCUGCCCGCCCAGCCCACCACGCGUCUGGAUGCAUGUGGGGCGCCUGGCCGGCGGCGCUGGGGUGGGCGUCCUUCCCUGCAGGGCUGGCCAGGCCACACCCUCCUGCCCCGGCGGGGGCCCUUCCACCUGACUGGACAGACUAGGGCGCGAGCCCGAGCCCGAGCCCGGCAGCCGUGCGCUUGGGGGUGUUCCUGGAACUCCAGCUGGAAUCAUCUGUCUCUCCCUCGCUGUGCUUGUGGGCCUGGGCCGCACCGGUGCCCGGGAGCGGGCGUGCUCUGCCGGCGUCGCCCACCCUGGGCCAGCUCGGCCUCUCCUGGGUGGACUUGGCUGCGGAUCCGAGGGGAGGGCAGGCAUAGGCCGGCCUUGCUGGCCACCGAGGGUGUGGGUGGUGGGGCCUCUGAGGCCGUGUGGGCCUGCCUCGGGCAGGACGCCCGGGAGGGGCUCUGCGCAGCCUCGCGAACGUGACGCACUUUAAUACACGCGAUCCAGGACUCCGCGCCCGCCUGCUGUCGUUGACUCCAGCCGAG